AUGUCAACAACCGAGAACACAACAACAGUUAUAGUCCAUGAAGCUAUAAAUGAAGAAUACGAGUACAUACAGUUUAACAAACAAUUGCGUCUAAUUCGUUCGGUCAAAGACGAUAUGUACCAAAUGCAAAGUAUUUUGACUGCAUGUUUUGCUCCAGAUACCAAACACGCAGACGAUUGGUUCAAAAACCGAAGCACACAAGAACUUUUGAGUGAAAUUUCUCUAGACCGAGAAUUCUCGGCCUUGCAUAAAACACAUGAAAAUCGUAAAAAUUUGCCAAUAAAUUUAAGAGGAUAUUAUGUACAUAGACUUCUUGUAAAUGCCGUAGCAAUGUGGGCUUCACCUCGUUAUGCUUGGUAUAUUUACAGACUUCUUGACGAACUUCACAGACAAGAACGUGAAGAGAUGGAAAAGAAACUUCAUGCAAAAGAUGAAGUCAUUGAAGCAAAAGACAAAAGCAUUCAGAAAAGAAUACCACGUUCGGUACCAAAAGGAAAGGAAAAGAACUAUAAGUAUAUGAUUUAUACUGAAGAGAUGGAA